AGUACUUAGUCGUCUCGCAUCGUUGACGAAACCGCAGCGCUGCAUAUAGGAGAUCUCAUUACACUGACAUUGAUUAAUAUCAAUACCAACGUUGGUAUCGAUAUUGAUAUUUGGAUCGAUCCGUCAACCACUACUUUGAAUCACAUCUCGGAGCAGUUUUUGGAAACAUCUGUGCAUCGGAAGCUCCACACGCUGUCGAAGCGUAUCGAGCGUCGUUUUGUUUGUUUUUUCAUGGGUAAUUACCGAGAUCAUUUAACGCCACAUCAUUUCUCAGUGAUACCCUGUGGUUUGGUGCUAAUAUCUGCGCUCCUGUUCACCAGAGAAGCUGACGCUCUCCGGGUGAUUGGUGGAAAUGCGACAGUGGUUCAAGGAGGUACCGCUAUCUUACCGUGCCACGUCAUUGAUACCAAUGAUGACCUGACACAGAUUACCUGGCAGAGGAGGACUAGAGAAAAACCUGACAAUGACAAUUUUCUUACUAUCAUACCCAAAGAUGGACCAUUGUUUGUCAAUGGAGGUGAUGAUCGAUUUAAAUAUAUUGGAAAUUUUAAUGACAAAAACGGAACCCUCCAGUUAUCCAAUGUUGCCCUGAAGGAUGAAGGCAUCUACAUGUGCAUCUUCACCUUGUUUCCCAGUGGAAAUCAGAAGACUGAGAUUCCUCUAAACUUGCUCGUGCCUCCUUCCACAAGCGUCGAGGACAAUCUUCCCACUUUGGGUACAGAAGAGGUUUUAUUUGCUACCUGCACGGCUGCUGGUUCGAGGCCUCCUGCAGAGGUGAGGUGGCUCACUGGUACUUUGGCAGAAAAAGUGAGAACGACAACAAACUCCACCCAGUAUGACAACGGUACGACCACCACAGUCAGCUCUCUGUUUGGCGUACCUACGAGAGAGAUUAACCGUCACCUGGUCCAGUGUGUCAUCAGCGGUGACUCCCUGUCUACAGAAGUAACCCUGCCCUUCACCAUACAGGUCUACUUCUCUCCCACAGAAGUGAACAUUAGAGCGAUUUCACAGGAUUCAUUUGAAUGUGUGACAGAAGCCAACCCAAAUGCAGAAUUUAUCUGGAGCAGAGCUGGCCAGUCUUUGCCAGAGUCUGCUGUCAAAGUAGAGGGAGCAAAGCUACAACUGCUGAGUCCGACCUCUGAUCUAAAUGGCCUCUAUCAGUGUGAAGCAUCUAACACAUAUGGAAGAAAACACAGUCAGCUCUAUGUGCAUGUGGCAUCAGAAGCAUGCUCUGCUGCAUGGGCCUUAUUUGGUGUUUUGCUGUCCCUGAAUGGUGUUGGGGCUGCAGCAUGGUGCUUUUAUAAAUAUGGAAAUUUUCAAAGGUUUUUCCCCACACAUGGUGACAGAGAACCUCAAUCAACCAGGAGAGCUGAAGGUGAUGGUGGACAAGAGCAAGAAGAACUGCAGGGAGAGCCAGAGGAACCUGUGUGACAGCUGUGGAAGAAGAUGGACAACAUCUGGACUGAAGGCUCCAACAACAUCAUUCAAGAGUCAGCUGGUUAAACAGAUGAACUAUAGGUGGAGGUACUUGGUGUUCCUUUAUAUCCAUCCAUCCACUUCCGCACAUCCUGUUCAGGGU